AAUGUAAGGUUAAAUAUAUAAUAGAAUAAAUGUUUAAUGUCAAUAGACGAACAACAAAAAAGUUCGACAAUCGUUCGACCGAGCGGCUCGACGUCGACCACAACCGUCACCACUCCGACAACAUCCAUGCGACAAACAACAAUGAACGAUAUGAAUCGAUCUCGGAUACAACAGGAUUUCGAUCGUUACGACCAAGAACGGAUCCAAUCCCCAGUAUCCAUAUCGUCAGGGGUGAUCAACAUAAAGCAGGAAAUCAAACCCGAAACCUCUAUGGCGGUUGACAAUCUCGUUGCAAGCUACGUUGAUUCAACAACUUUUCUACAUAGUCCUACAAAUAUGAGACACAGCCCUAUGGAUAUACAGAACACGGUUCUUGUCAGUGGUCAGAGUUCAGUAUCUUUGACCAGUGAGGAACUAAGUCCGGAUGAUUUAACGUCUAGUAGUGGACACGGACGGUUAAUGGAUCCAUUAAAUAUGAAUAUGUCUGGAAUGGGUAUGGUCAACCCAAAUGCGGUCACAAACCGACGACAUCCAGGCUCCAGUCAGAGUGGAUCGAGUGGAGAUGAUUUGCCUUGUAAGUGGUAGAUGGAUGUCGUUUAAUUUUUCUUACGAUUCU